AUGAGCGACCAGCAAGGAACAGGAGUGGGCGACAAGCAUAUGCAUUUGCAUCUGCAGCCAUCGCAGUCAAAACCUGGUAUUGUGGACGGCAGCGGAGGUAUGAGCAGCACAGGACUUAGAAGCCACGAUUCAACGGUAUCGAGCAACAGUAGCGGCUCCUUGCACGCGUCAAACACCGCAGAAACGGCCUCUUUGCUGGGGAAUGGGCAACAUGUGUCGCAUUUGCAUCAAAAUCAACAGGAAUUGCGACCAACUAUGCACCAGCAGCGGCCCGACUCUCAACGAGACUUCCAAGAGCAACGACUCCAACAACAACAACAGCAGCAGCAGCCUCAACAACAGCAGCCGCAACAACAGCAACAACAACAACAACAACAACAGCUACAGCCACAACAACAACAACAGCAGCUACAGCCGCAGCAUCAGCAACGGCAGCAUAUACAACAGCACGCGAUUUUCCAGCGACAGCAUUUCCAACAACAACAACAACAACAACAGCAACAGCAACAGCAACAACAACAGUAUCAGCAACAGUAUCAACAUCAGCAACAGCAGCAGCAGCAGUCACAACUUGAUCAGCAACAACCAUUCCAGCAGACGCAACCAAAUUACGUCUCUCCUGGUUUCCCACAAUAUCAGCGAUCGUUCGCAUCUAGCUACGGGUUGCCGAUAACUGCAGCAGCAGCAAAGCAGCAAACGAUUCCACCUUACGGGACAAGCUACAACUCCCCUAUGGGUCCAGGGUACUUACCAAGCCCCAUCCCUCAACCUAUACUGAACGACAAAUCGCUUGAAGUUCACCGCGGCUACCAGCAACAGUUUCCAAUAUUCCAAACGAAUCAAUCUCACUACUCUCCUUCUUUUGAUUCAACAGACAAGAAGCGCAAUUUUAUGGAGUAUGCUGACGCACGUUCAGAAAAUUUGAAGGUAAGAACUAGUGAACCCAGUAUCAAGAAAAACGGAAAUGAAACUGUGCUGAGAGAGUUGGCCGCGAGAAACAAAUCGAGAACUCUGCCAGAAUGUGCCUUGACUGUUCGCGAAGCUGAAAUUGCAGUUCUUAACAUGGACUCUUCUACCCACGAUAAGUCCGACAUCCAGGCUGCAGAACAAACUCGUGAACGCGAAAGACAAGUUUAUGCUCUUACAUGGUUGAUGGCUGCGUGUGUGGGAGAGAAAAAUAGCUUUGUUCCUAGGGGUCGAAUCUUUGCGCAAUACGCAGCGUCAUGUGCGCAAAAUAACCUGAAACCGCUUUCACAGGCAACACUAGGCAAACUCAUCAGAAUUAUUUUUCCUGGUCUUACUACAAGGCGUUUGGGUAUGCGUGGUCAGUCCAAGUAUCACUACUGCGGCUUGAGUCUCAUAAGUCCAUCGAGGUCCGCAUCGCCAUCUUCACCUUUAGUAGACUCCAACUUGUCACAAGUGACGGGCAACAGCCGUGAAGAAAACAUCAGCGAAUCACCAUGUAGUGAUGCUGUGAGCAAUCGGGGUGCUGAUGACAAUUCUCAUUAUCCGGUGAUUCCAGCAACGUCAUUGUCUCCUUCAAGAUCCCCGUCCUCCACUUUUCAACAUAACAAUCGGAGUAAUACCGAGGGCUGGAGUGACGCCGUGUCUUGGGACUCUCUCAAGAUCAUUGACGAAGUUUGUCGCAAUGGUACAACAGCUGAUGUCAAUAUACCGUUGGAUAUUCCCUCGAUUAAUACUUUUUUGCCGCAGAAUACUGACAUCGAUAUCACCACGUCACUAGAGUGCAUAUACAAGGCUCAUUGCAAUACCAUUCAGGAAAACAUCAGGUAUGCAAAAUUCGAGGAUUUGAGGAAUACGUUAGAGUCGUUCAGCUCCAGUACAAUUUCUCCUCCAAUGUUCAGCCUUUUUAUCUCGGAUCAGUUGUACGAUUGGGUCAACCAAGCGGACAUCGCGACUCACAGGUCUGCUGUUAGGGCUCUGGCGAAUUUCAUCAAGGAAUCUGUAACUUUACCGCCUUUUGUGUCUGAAAAGCUUAUAGAAUUUUCCCAUUCCUAUCCGGAUAUGACAUCAUCCGCUAGCAUCGACCUUCCUGUUCCAAUGGUGAAGAAUAAGGUGUUAAUUGCGAAAAAAUUCUCGAGGCUGGUGAAACGCACUACUAGAGUUAUCCGGACAGCAAAAAGUGCUACCAAGAUUUACAAGACCACAUCUCCAAGAGUUGAAAUGUAUCAAGACUGGAAGAAAUUUAUCAAUGUUCGUGACAUUUGUCGAUCGGAGCUUUACUGCUGCAAUAAUGACGAGGCGUCCUUGAAGAAGGUAUCAACGUUUAUCUCCAGUGCUGUCGAUAGUUUUUUCGAUCUUGAUGAGCACUCGAUCAGUGAAAAUUUUGCAAUGGAUCUAGCAACCCAUAUUUUGUCCUUUCUUAUUAAAAUAAGAGAUCAGCCAGUUUCUGUAAUAAUGGCAAACGCCAACGUUUUCACUACUGGUGUCAUCCGUGAAUUGAGCAUCAUGGGCUCUGAGCAUGCGGGCUCUUGGUGGGUCAUCAAGACCUUUAUAGAUGAGUGGCUCUACUGGUGCGAUGAGGCUGGCAGUUUUAUGAUAUCAACGCUGUGA